AACGUUCCAAUCCCCUCGGCAGAAUGGGGACACCAAUGGACAUAGUCCGACAGCUGCUGGUCUGGACGCUGCUGUCGCUUGAGCUGACAGUUGCUCAACAACAAGUUAAUAUCAUCCCCUCUGUGAAAAAGGGAUCACUCAUUGCAGGAGUGAGCCCGGCUCAUAACGGCCAAGUAUGCAGCACAUGGGGAAACUACCACUUCAAGACUUUCGAUGGGGACAUCUUCCAGUUUACCUCAACCUGUAACUUUGUCAUGAGCUCUCUGUGCCAGAGCGAGUUUGAAGAGUUCAACAUCCAGUUGAGGAGGCAGGUGGUGAACGGCCUUCCCACCAUCAGCAAGAUCACCAUGAAGCUGGCUGGGGCAGUCGUGGAGCUCAGCAGUCGGUCCUACGUCAUCAACAACAAAAAGGAAACCCUGCCUUUCAACAAGUAUGGAGUUAACAUUGAAUCGACCUCAGCUUACAUUAAGAUCUCAGCCAAGCUGGGCGUGGUCGCCACGUGGAACGAAGAUGACUCCUUCUUGGUGGAGAUAGACAAAAAAUUCAAAAACCAGACGUGUGGGCUCUGCGGAGACUUUAAUGGGGUGCAGUACUAUGAUGAAUUCGUUAGAGACGGAGCAAAGUUAGAUCUAAUUAACUUUGCGAACAUCUGGAGGAUGAAUAGCCCCGAAGACACCUGUGAAGAACCUGCAUUGUUGCCGGAAAAGCGCUGCAACACUAAAGAGCUGAGAACGGCUUGCGACAAGCUGCUUUCCGGAAGUGCUUUCAGCAGUUGCCAGGACCUGGUGGCCGGCGACUACUUAAUGAAAGCCUGCGUCUCCGACUUAUGCCACUGCGACACGAGUAACAGUUCUUUCUGCCUGUGUAACACCAUCUCUGAGUACUCCCGGCAGUGCGUGCACGCUGGAGGAACGCCACAGCAGUGGAGGACACAGCAAUUCUGCAGCAAAUCCUGUCCCUUUAACAUGGAGUACGAGGAGUGUGGAAACCCAUGCAUCAAUACCUGCUCUAACCGCGAAAGAAGCCAGCUGUGUGACGAGCACUGCACCGAUGGCUGCUUCUGUCCAGUUGGGACUGUUUUUGAUGACGUCACGAAGAAUGGUUGUGUCAGACUAGAAAUGUGCUCUUGCAUCUAUAAUGGAAAAUCAUACCAGGCAGGACAAUCUUAUGAAACCCAAUGUUCAAAAUGCUUGUGUUCUGGGGGUGAGUGGAGUUGCGUGGAGUUGGAUUGCCCAUCAAUCUGUUCUGUAGUGGGAGGGUCGUAUAUCACCACCUUCGAUGGAAAAUCCUACCGCAUCAACGGGCAGUGCUCCUACGUCAUGACCAAGCAAUGCAAUGCAAAGGCUUUCACGGUACUGGCGGAUUUAGAAAAAUGUGGCCUCACCGACACAGAGAUCUGCCUGAAAGCUGUGAUCAUCCGGUUCCUAGAUAAUACCAUAAGUGUCGACCCAAAAGGAGGUGUUCUUGUGAAUAAUAUUGCUUCUACGCUGCCAUAUUUUGCAGCCCAGGUCACCAUACUGAGGCCAUCCACAUUCUACAUCAUUGUCCACACAAAUUUCGGGCUCCAGCUGACGAUAGAGCUGAUUCCAGUCAUGCAGGUCUACAUCAGAUUAGACAAAUCAAACAAGGGGAAAACCUGUGGUCUGUGCGGAAACUAUAACGACGUCCAGUCUGAUGACUUCAAAUCCACGAGCGGCCUUGUGGAGGGCACUGCAGCAGCGUUCGCUAACACCUGGGUGGCGAGGUCCGCGUGCCCCAGCAUCAAGAAAACAUUUGAGGAUCCCUGCAGUCUUAGCGUGGAGAACGAGAAAUAUGCCGAUGUCUGGUGCUCCAUGCUGACAGACGACACCGGGCCAUUUUCCGAGUGCCAUUCUGAGAUAAGCCCGGAUAGCUACAAAACACAAUGUAAGCACGACACCUGCAACUGCGAGAAGAGUGAGGACUGCAUGUGCGCUGCACUCUCGACCUACGUCUACGCCUGCGGAGCCAGGGGCAUCAGGAUCACGGGCUGGAGAGAUAAAGUCUGCAAUAAAUACACCUCUUGCCAAAACACCAUGGUGUACGGCUAUAACAUGACCAGCUGCAAGCGCACCUGCCGCUCUCUCAGCGAGCAGGACUACUCCUGCCAGGUUAAGUUCUUACCUGUGGACGGCUGCGGAUGUGCAGAAGGAACCUACAUGAACAGCGCAAACGAAUGUGUCCUCCCCAAAAACUGCCCCUGCUACAGCAAAGGCACAGAAAUCCCCCAAGGAGAGACAGUCAUCAAGAAUGGAGCUACAUGUACUUGCAAGAAUGGAAAACUGAGUUGCUUUGGGGGAACGGCAUUACUACAAAUUUCCACUUGCGUCGCACCCAUGGUCUUCUUCAACUGCGAGGGGAAACCACAAACGACUGAAGGGUCUGAGUGCCAGAAAAGCUGCAGUUCUCUCAACAUGGAGUGUAUCAGUACAGAGUGCGUUUCAGGCUGCGUAUGUCCCAAAGGACUGGUGUCUGAUGGGAAGGGAGACUGCAUAGAGGAGGAUAACUGUCCCUGUAUCCACAACGGAGUUCCGCACAAGACUGGCUCUACCAUUAAAGUUUCCUGUAACACAUGCACCUGUAAGAGCAGCAAGUGGCAAUGUACCUCCAAAGACUGCCAUGGGACUUGUGUCAUAUAUGGAGAUGGCAACUACAUCACCUUUGAUGAAAAAAGGUUCAGCUUCAGUGGAGGGUGUGAAUAUACUCUCACUCAGGAUUACUGCAGCAAGAGUGGCGGUAAGGGUACUUUCAGGGUGAUCACGGAGAACGUCCCCUGCGGAACAACUGGCACCACCUGUUCCAAGGCCAUCAAGCUCUUUCUAGGGAGUAAUGAGCUGGUGCUGUCAGAGGGAAAGUACCAAGUGAUCCAGAGGAACAACACCGGUGAGAUUCCAUACAAGAUCAGACCUAUGGGGAUAUUCCUCGUGGUCGAGGCAGACAAUGGCGUGAUCCUUAUGUGGGACAAAAAGACCAGCAUGUUCAUAAAGCUUAGCCAGAAAUUUAAGGGCCGCGUCUGUGGUCUGUGUGGAAACUACGAUGGCAACACAAACAAUGACUUCACUACCAGAAGCCAGUCAUUGGUAGCCAACGCCCUGGAGUUUGGAAACAGCUGGAAGGUGGCUCCCUCCUGCCCCGAUGCAGACUUUGUCAAAGACCCCUGCCUGUCAAACCCUUACAGGCAAUCCUGGGCUCAGAGGCAGUGCAGCAUCAUUAACGGCAAAGCGUUCAAGAACUGCCACUCACAGGUGGACCCUGGGACUUACUACGAAUCAUGCGUGAGUGACUCGUGCGCGUGUGACAGCGGGGGAGACUGUGAGUGCUUCUGCACGGCUGUAGCGGCUUACGCACAGGCCUGUAACGAGGCUGGAGUCUGCGUCGCCUGGAGGACGCCCCGAAUUUGCCCUCUGUUCUGUGAUUUCUACAAUGGCCCUGAUGGCUGUGAGUGGCACUACAAGCCCUGUGGAGCCCCCUGCUUUAAGACCUGCAAGAAUCCUUCAGGGAUGUGCUCCGAUCAGAUUCCGGCCAUUGAAGGCUGUUAUCCAAAGUGUCCUGCUGACAAGCCCUACCUAGACGAAGCCACAAUGAAGUGUGUGCCAAGCGAACAGUGUGGCUGCUAUGAUGAAGAUGGAAAUCACUACAAGGAUGGAGAGGACGUCCCAUCCACAAAGAACUGCGAGACCUGCUACUGUGCAAUGACUGGAGUGCUCUGUAAUUAUGACGUAAAUGCCUGCUACUGCAUAUACAAAGGAAAUAAAUAUAAUUAUGGAGAAACCAUUUACAACACGACCGAUGGUGAUGACAGCUGUAUCACUGCUGUCUGCGGAAAGAAUGGAACAACUGAGAGGGACAUGUAUCCUUGUUUUACCACCACCACAAUACCACCAACCACGUCACCUGAGACCACAGAAUCCACAAGCACCGCCACAUACACCACAGCACCAACAACAACAGUCUUUGUAUUCUCAACAACUGUUUCUACUGUUGUGACACCUUCAAGACCUCCCACUAGCACAGAGACCACACCAGUGCCAACGACUCCAACGAAAGGAAAACCUACAACAUCUGGAAAACCUACAACAUCUGGCACAGCACCCACAACAACUAAAAAGCCGAUAUCCACAACAGAGGAAAUUGUGACCGGAACAACAACGCCAUCAAAGAAGACACCCACUAGUCCUAUAGUAGAAACACCAUCCACAACUCCAAUUUCUGAGAUCACAACUUCAACAACAAAAGCACAAGUAACUACUCCAGGUGUAACUUCCAAGACUGCCACAGUUUCUACUGUUGUGACACCUUCAAGACCUCCCACUAGCACAGAGACAACAAGAGUGCCACCUUCUUCAACAGAAGUAAUAUCCAAACCUACGCGCACAGCACCUACAGCUUCAGUUGGGACAAUAACAUUACCUGUUAUCACAGGCACUACUACUCGAAGUACAUAUUCAACAGCACCUGUUGUUGUUGUUACUAGUGGUCCAAUAUCAACGACUCCAACGAAAGUAAAACCUACAACAUCUGGCACAGCACCCACAACGACUAAACAGCCGAUAUCCACAACAGAGGAAAUUGUGACCGGAACAACAACGCCAUCAAAGACACCCACUAGUCCAAUAGUAGAAACACCAUCCACAACUCCAAUUUCUGAGAUCACUACUUCAACAACAGAAGCACAAGUAACUACUCCAGGUGUAACUUCCAAGACUGCCACAGUUUCUACUGUUGUGACACCUUCAAGACCUCCCACUAGCACAGAGACAACAAGAGUGCCACCUUCUUCAACAGAAAUAAAACCUACAACAUCUGGCACAGCACCCACAACAACUAAAAAGCCGAUAUCCACAACAGAGGAAAUUGUGACCGGAACAACAACGCCAUCAAAGACACCCACUAGUCCAAUAGUAGAAACACCAUCAACUACUCUUGAGUGUUUUUGCCUAUAUAAAUCUGAGCCUUAUCCACGGGGAUCAAUUAUAUACAAUGAAACCGAUGGUGAAGGCUGGUGCUUCACUGCUUUUUGCAAUGCAACAUGUCAAAUUGAAAAGAUGUCAAAUCCCUGUAUUACAACUGUUGCACCACCGAUUUCACCAACCAUUGUGAAGACUACCUCUCCAGCAAGUACACUGUCUUCAACAUCCAAGACUGAAACUACAACUCCUGUUACAACAACCAGCCCUGGAACUACAACAUUGGGGCCAGACUGUUACCAUUUUGAUCCCCCAAGGAAGAAUGGUGAAUCUUGGGAUAGUGAUAACUGUACCACAGCAACAUGUAUCAACGGUACUGCAGUCUUGACACCAAAGAAGUGCAAGCCACUGAUACCAAUCGUUUGUGAGAAUGGCCAUUCCCCCAUUAAGGUCAAGAAUGAGUCUGGAUGCUGCUACCACUAUGAAUGUGAAUACUGCUUCGGACCCAAUGGCACAAUCAAAGAGCCAGGCGAGAAGUGGAGGAGUAACUGCGAGGAGUGUGAGUGUCCGAUGAACUCCACCACUCCCCUGUGUAAACCUGUGCAUGAAGAUUGUCCAAAGCAAAACAAAACAUGUUCCAAGCCUGGAUAUGUGCAAGUGGUGGAGACAGUGGACUGCUGCCAGAAGGUCACAUGCGAAUGUGAUGUGAACACUUGCCAGGAGACAAACUACACCUGCCCCGAAGGAUUCACUCCAAAAGUUAUUAGCCCAAAAGGAAGCUGCUGCCCUGAGUAUUACUGUGAGCCCAAGCCUGUUUGUGUCCACAAUAAAACAGAGUAUCAGCCGGGAGCAAGCGUGCCCUCGGACAAGUGCGAGUACUGCAAAUGCGGCUACACUGUAGAUCCAGAAACUGAGCUCCAUUCUGUGGAGUGUUCCCCAAUGAAGUGCAAUGAGACCUGCCAGUCGGGCUUUGAAUAUGAGACUGAGCCCGAUCAGUGUUGUGGCAAGUGUGUACAGAAGAGCUGUAUUAUUACCUUGCCAUCUAGCAAUGAAACACAAAUCAUUGAGCCUGGCCAGAUCUGGACACCUCCAAAUAAGACGUGUGAGAAGUACAAAUGUGAGAAGAUAGAGGACCAGCUGGUUCCUGUUGAAGUAAAAACUGUCUGUGCUGAAUACAACCCAGAGGACUGCAUUCCCGGCACUGAGAAAAUUGAUGAAGAUGGGUGUUGCAAAAAUUGCACCAUACGUCCUAAAGAGUGCAAAGUCAUUAAGAAGAACAUUUACCUGGAGAACGAUGACUGCAAGUCCAUCAAGCCUGUGGAAAUCGGCUCCUGUGAAGGCUCCUGCUCAACCUCCUCCAAAUACUCUGUGGAGGCUAAUUCUAUGGUUCACGAGUGCUCCUGUUGUCAGGAGUUGUCCACAAACAAAAAGGAGGUUGAGAUGGAAUGCCCGGGAGGAGAAAAGCGCAACUACACCUACGUUUACGUUGAAACAUGUGGCUGCAACCCCUCAGAGUGCAUUCCCUACCAAUCUACGAAAAAGGGGGCACGGCGAAGGCGGCGAUGAACCAACGGGCAGAUUCCAGGCCGCCACUCCUCAGACGAUCAGUCCUCUGGUUGACCGUAUAAAGACUAUACGAUUCUCUCAAUGGAAAAUGGAUUCUCCCAAUGACAAUUAGAGGUGUCAAACGUAGCGUGUUUUUUCUUUCUUUUUGUUUGCAUGUUGGUUUAUAAGAGCAAGACUUAAUUUCUAUUUGUUUUCACUUUUAUUUAAUGUACAACUGAAUUAGCUCUAUACAAGAUACAUACUGUGAGUGACAUUUCAGUGUUUGCAUGGAAUGGAUUUAACAUUAGAAAUAAACAUGGGGGGGGGAGUUGCUAUUAUCAAUGCAUUGUAGUCGAUCUUAGCUUUAACCAUUUAUAGAAUAUAGCUGCAUAUAGAAGAGUGUUUCUGUUCUUAACUGUAGUAACCUAUUAAUAAACUGGAGCAA